AUGAUCAGGUGCUUGCCUUGGAAAAUAUUGUGUAUUUUUCAUAAAUGGGACAACAAAAAAGCUUCCAUUGGAGUAUUUGUUCAAUGCAACGCGGAUAGCCAGUCACUUACGUGGACAUGUUCAGCCAAAGCGAAAAUCGUCCUUUGUGCUCAGCGUCUUGGAUGUGAAGACAAGGUGAUGAACAUACAUCAUAUGUUCACUCAUAAGGAAAAUGAUUGGGGUUACGUUAAUUUCAUAAAUUAUGAUGAAUUGUACAACCCUGAGCGCGGCUUUAUCUCCGAUGAUUGCACAGAGUCUAUAUUAAUCAAGGCAUACGUUAGAGCUGAGGCUCCUCAUGGGGCUGACUGGGAUUCAAGACAGCACACAGGAUUCGUUGGUCUAAAGAAUCAAGGGGCCACCUGUUACCUUAAUUCUUUGCUGCAGGCUCUUUAUUGCACUAACAAGUUGCGCAAAGCUGUAUUUCUUAUGCCCACUGAGAGUGACGACGAUCAAACAAGCGUACCUCUCGCUCUCCAACGGGUUUUUUAUGAACUUCAGUUUAACGAUAAGUGCGUCGGAACUAAGAAACUGACGAAAAGCUUUGGCUGGGAUACUUUCGAUUCCUUCAUGCAGCAUGAUGCGCAGGAGUUAUGUCGUGUCCUCUUGGAUAAUCUAGAAGAUAAGAUGAAAGGCACAACCGUGGAGGAUGUUAUACCCGGUCUUUUCUGUGGGAAGAUGCUUUCUUAUAUAAGAUGCACAAACGUGGAAUAUGAAUCCAAAAGAGAAGAAAAUUUUUAUGACAUUCAACUAAAAGUUAAAGGUAAUCAUUCAAUACAGGAUGCAUUUCACGAAUACAUUGAAGUCGAAACACUUGCCAAUGAAAAUAAAUAUGAUGCUGGUGCAUUUGGUCUACAAGAAGCAGCAAAGGGCGUUAUUUUCCUUCGAUUUCCGCCAGUUCUUUAUCUUCAGUUAAUGCGGUUUAUGUAUGAUUUCAAUGCUGACACUAAUGUAAAAAUAAAUGACCGCUUCGAAUUUCCAUAUUUGCUUAAUCUUGAUGCCUAUUUGCAUGAGAAAGAUAAACAGCCAGCUGACUAUUUCUUGCAUGCUGUUCUCGUUCAUUCUGGGGAUAACCAUGGGGGGCAUUAUGUUGCCUACAUUAACCCCAGGGGUGACAAUAUAUGGUAUCAAUUUGACGAUGAUGUUGUUUCUCGGUGUUCUCCACGCGAUGCCAUCGACAUGGUAAAUUUUUCUCAGUGUUAUACAAGCAUGUUUUGA